AGGGAACUACCGCACAGCCCCCUCGGAUAAAAGGACAAGUCGUGAACUUGUUAACAGCCGCUUGUGGUGUUUCCCAGUGUCGUGCUGGUGAGCCGUCAGGAUGAGGCCCGGUCAGCUGAUCCUCCCCACCGCCGCCGCCACAGCUCUCCUCUUCCUCCUCGCGGGUCUGUCGGUGAGCUCGGGCUGCAACAAAGCUCUGUGUGCCAGCGACGUCAGCAAGUGCCUCAUACAGGAGCUGUGCCAGUGUCGUCCCACCGACGGGAACUGCUCCUGCUGUAAGGAGUGCAUGCUGUGUCUGGGGAACCUGUGGGAAGAAUGCUGCGACUGCGUGGGGAUGUGUAACCCCAAGAACUACAGCGACUCUCCGGCCACGUCCAAGAGCACGGUGGAGGAGCUGCACCGCCCGAUCCCCUCUCUGUUCCGCGCCCUCACCGAAGGCGACGCGCCGGUCAACAUGAUGGUCGUGUCCUUCCCCGUCGCCGAGGAGCUGUCCCACCACGAGAACCUGGUGUCCUUCCUGGAGUCGCUCGACAACCAGCCCCAGAACGUGUCCGUGCCCGGCAACAGCAUCCACGCCAGCUACGACACUCAAGAGAACAUGUGCACCGUGGUCUACUUCGACGACUGCGUGUCUAUCCGUCAGUGUAAAGUUUACUGCGAGUCGAUGGGAGGAUCCAAGUACCGCUGGUUCCACAACGCCUGCUGCCAGUGCAUCGGGCCCGAGUGCGUGGACUACGGCAGCAAGGCGGUGAAGUGCAUGAACUGUCUUUUCUGAAUCGGGCGCACACAUCGGUACCAAAUGUCUGGGUGAUGCCAGAGGACUGAGGGCAGAGGGAACUACGACGUGUGUGUGUGUGUUAGCAUUCCUCAGUUAUCUUGUAAAAAUACCCCCCUACACCCCCCUCUUCCUCCUUACCCCUUGCAAAUUGUUUUUAUUCUGCUGUUAUAUUUCACUGUAUAUUUUUAGAUACGUUUUCAAUAGUGUUUUUUUACUAGAGGUGUAUAUGAAUAAUGUAUUUUUACA